AUGACCAGACUUACCACAAAGGCCUUCGCGACCCUCAGGGCCACCAUGGUCCCCAAGUCAACCUCCCGCCUGACUCCCAGACUCACCAGCACCACUUUCCUCCAGCACCAACACCGAACCGUCAUCCCCCAAGCCAUCACCCCCCUCACUCACACCCGCUCCCUCCACCAAACCCCCUUCCGCCCCCUUCCCGCAUCCGAGCCCUUCAAGCUCGACCGCACCAAGCGCCUCCCCGAGUUCUUCUCCCUCCAAGACAAAGUAAUCCUCAUCUCCGGCGGCGGGCGUGGCGUCGGCCUCACCCAAGCGGAAGCCGUUCUCGAAGCCGGCGCGCGCGUGCACGUCGUCGACAUUCUCCCGGACCCUUCCACCGACCCCGACUCUCCCUUCUCCGCCGUUGCCAAGCGCGCCGCCGAGGAAUUGGGGUCCAGCAUUACUUAUCACCGUGUUGACGUGCGUAAUCAGCAGGCGUUGAAUGAAGUUGUGCAGAGUAUUGCCAAGAAGGAGGGCAGGAUGGAUGGGUUGAUUGCUGCGGCGGGCAUUCAGCAGGAGACGUCCGCGCUGGAGUAUAGUAGGGAGGAUGCGGAUAAGAUGAUGGGGGUUAAUGUCACGGGGGUGUUUAUGACGGCGCAGGCGGUGGCGAGGGUGAUGGUUGAGAAUGGGUGGACGGGGAGUAUGGUGCUGAUUGGGAGCAUGAGUGGGACGGUGGCUAAUCGGGGGUUAAUUUGCCCUGCCUACAACGCCUCCAAAGCCGCCGUCAUCCAGCUCGGCCGCAACCUCGCCGCCGAGUGGGGUGAGCACGGCAUCCGCGUCAACACGCUUUCGCCGGGCUACAUCGUGACUGCCAUGACGGCCGGCCUCUUCGAAGCAUUUCCCGAGCGCCGGACCGCUUGGCCCGAUGCCAAUAUGCUCAAGAGGCUCAGUUACCCGGAGGAGUACCGCGGCGCGGCAAUUUUCUUGCUCAGUGAUGCGAGCAGCUUCAUGACGGGCUCGGAUCUGAGAAUUGAUGGGGGGCAUUGUGCCUGGUAA